AUGGUAAACAUGGACGUGAUUGAUGCUGUAAACGCUCGCUUGGCGGCAUGUGAUGGAGACCACCAGGGAGAUGAUGUGAACGAUGUGGAGGCUAAUUUCAAUCUUCCGUAUACCAUACUUCGACCUCAACUAGCAGAAACCAUACCUCUAGUGAACAAGUCGUUACCGUUUCCCAAUGACAAGACCAAGAGCAACAAAUCCCUCACGGUAACCUUGAACUUUGUACAUUGUAUGGACGCGGUCAAUGAGAAACAGUUUCUUUCAGAUUUCGCUGAACAAACGAAAGAAACUUCCAUCAGCAUCGACUGA